AUGUCAGUUCUAUUUGUUGACGAAGUCUGUACAACACAAAAUCAUAAAUAAUUGAACGAAAUGAGUGCGCUGUUCAACUUUCAAAGCUUGCUUUCGGUUAUAUUGUUGCUGGUUUGCACCUGCGCCUACCUGAGGACCCUUUUUCCCAGCAUCAUUGACCGCAAUAAAACCGGUGUCCUAGGCACAUUCUGGAAGCUGGCACGUAUCGGCGAAAGGAAGUCCCCAUGGGUCGGGGCCGCUUGCCUAAUUAUGGCUUGUACGGUACUAUUCUGGACGUAACCAUUAUAUGGAAUUUGGAGUACAAUUUAAUUCGAUGUACGCAUGGAUAAAAAGACUAACUGGCAAUACUACGGAAAUACGAUAAGUACAAUAAGCAUGUUGUUGAUCAAGAAAUGGAAUUAACAGUUUUUAAUGGUUAAUAUAAAUGCAAUGUAUGUGCGAAAUAAAUCAAUUUUUUACUCAUAA